AUGUCUCAACAUAACAUCCCACACAGCAACACAGUUCGAUACGUCAACAACCAAAACGUCAUUCCUCGACCCAUCGACCCUAGAUCUGCAGAGGAAAAACGCCUGAGACAAGCCGAACGAGACCCCAAAUUUGUCGACGCCAUAGCUCCUCAGUGUAGCCCACCCCCGGAGUUUCUUUCAAACGAUGCAUUCAGAAUCUUCUCCGAAGGAUGGUGGAAAUGUACAUAUGCCGGAUGUCCCGUUGGUGCGCACGAUCUCGGCGAAAAAUUCUGUCCAAUCUUCGUCAGCGAUGGUAAAUAUCUGCCGGAUGGACGGAAAGAGGGAAAACGAGACCCAAUAGAACUUCAGGAGGGUUGGUGGUGUUGUCCUAACAAGAAAUGCGAAAUGAGAUCUAGACGUCCAUUAGAUGAAGAAAAGCGCACGUGUGGAUGUGAGGACAACUAUGGAAGGGAUGCAUUGAUUAAGGAACGUGAGGAGAUGCGUCCUACAUCCUCGUCAGAGAAUAAUGUCGAGAAAUGGAUUGCGCAGUUGCCUGAUCUGUCAGCGGAGGAGGAAAUUGACGUCAUGGAAGGAGGGUUAGAACCGACGAGUUCGGGUCCAGUGAAAUUACUUUCGUUGAGGCUUCCUAGAAAACUUGGCGUAUUGGAAUUGUCGCUAAGAGAUAAGCCUUCUGGCUCGAAGUGA